CCGCUGAGGUCCACCUCCCUUUUGGCCCCAGAGCAACAGCACGAUGCGCGAAUGACCAGAUGCACGGAAUGACCAGCUCACACUUUGAUGAGAAUGGGCGAGGCCCAACCUGAGGGCGUCAGCGAGGGCGCCGCUCCAUCGUUGGGAGCUCUGAUGGAGAAUGGUUCAUCCGCCUCAUCCCUCGGCUCUUGGCUCAAGUGCUGCUGCGUCGUUAAAUUCGACCCCGACAUUGGCCACCAUCUCGACUUUGAAUACCCAGCAGACACGCUGUCCAAGACGGAGCGGAACACGGCCGUCAAGCUCAGCCUGCCCGACUACAACUCCUUCUUCAACACGACUGGUGACCUGGUCUUCAGCUACCGACUCCGCCACGACUCGUCGCUGCCCCUGGGCUCCUCCAGUAUCAGCGAGCAGCAGUUCAGCUUCGGCUACGUCUUCUUCCGCACCCAGCGGGACCCUUCGGCCACGCGCGAGUUCGUCCAGACGGCCGUAGUCGUCAUCUCGCCGCUGGCCUAUGUCGGCUUCUUCAAGUCGCUUGUGCAGCUGCUGGGGCCGCUGUUCUUCGAGUAUGGGGAGAAGGUGCUGGAGAAGGCCUGUCUGCUCAUCGGCCAGUGGCCCCUGCCGCAGCCCGGCCUGUCGGUGCGCCUGGAGCUGGGGGGCUAUGCAUUCACGGCCACCACACCCAUCCAGCCCGCCAUGACCAAUCCAGACCGGCUGCCCAGCCUCAAGCGCCCCUCAGCCAACCAGUCCAAGUCGUCGUCCGCAACGGCGCAGGAGGAGGCGGAGAGCAGUCACUUGCGGGCGGUCUCGCAGCCCCACUCGAUGCCUACGGGAGGGCGGUCGUUCGUGUGGAACAGGUCGUCCCCGCGGCACCACACCACGACUGUCCACCGGCACAAGCCACCUGCUGGCAGCCUCCCCCGUCCCCACUCUGCUGCCCCGCAUCCCCAGGAGGCCGCCAGCACUGCGCCGCCCACCCCUCCCUCUCACGACCAUCGGUCCUUCAUACGGAAGGCCAGCCACAUGGGCGAAGUGGAUGUCCCUCCCGCGGCCAUGGUGGUGUCGCCCAUGGCCUCCGCCCCCCUGAUCUCGCCGCUUGUGAGCCGCGAGAUGGUGGAUGAAGAGGGCAUGAAGGUGCCGAGACGCAAUUCGGACACCGACGAGCCGAUGAGGGAGGACCACCGGCCGGCCGACCACCAGAGAGAGGACCCCCGUUUGCUCACUAACGGCACAUCCAAGGACGAGAGCGCCGUGUCCACUGAGUGGUCCGACGCCCAGGAGGUGUUUGUGAUUGACACCGAGGAGGACACCACCAUGUGUGCCGGCGAGGAGGCUGCCCCGUCAUCCCUGGUGUCCCCCCUGAGUGUGGCCAGCGUCCCCCAUCUGCCCGACGAGGACCAGGGCGGCAUCAGGGGCGGCCUCAGUCCCAUCCCCGAGACCGCUGAGAGAACUGACACCGUCCCCCCGCCCAUUCGCGUUGUCAGGCGCCCGUCGACCCGGUCCGGGUCUCGGCGGCGCGCCAGCUCUCUCGACAGUUUCGACAGGGAGGUGCUCCGGACCACCACACGGCCAUCCAACGACACACAAGCUCAAGAAGACAGCGAGAGCGACAGCGAUGACGACAGCCACGCAGGGCCGGAGGAGUCGGCAGAGGAUCGCCGGUUCCUGGCGCGUCAUGCCGUCGUCGUCCGCGGCCGCAACGCCAAGUCCAGCCCGGGCACACGGCUGCCGAGCAAACAUUCCGACGAAUCGAGCCCGGAGUCGUCAGAUGUCAACCUGGGCGAAAAUGAGGGGCCCCGCGAGACCGAGGAGACUGUCAAGGGCCGGCAGGGGGAGUUCGGCGUUGCUCGUGAGGCGAGUUCAACCCCCACGCCGCAGAUUGCCCACAUCUUGGAGGGUGUGCACCAGAUGAUGCCUGGGCCGUUUCAGGAGCUGAACGUGUAUGAGAGUUUCCAGCCGUUGCUGCCCUUCCUGUGGUUCCUGUGGGAGCUGACACUCGUGGGCGAGCCGCUCCUCAUUCUAUGCUCCAACUCUGCUAGGUGGGUGAAUGGGUGAGGGAGACGAGGGGGGCCAGGGAGGCAGCAGUAUUGUUGUCAGUCAUGUCAUCUGCGUGUGCAUGCUGCGUUUGUGCGUGCAGGUGUUCUGAUUGCGUGUUGUCCCUGAUCUCGCUCAUCUCGCCGCUCCUGUACGCCGGAGACUACAGGUCUGGCCAGACACAUACAAGUGAAUGCAUUGAUAUCAAUGCACGCACUGACUCUCGGUCGAUUGCUGCGUGUCUGUCUUGUCUUGUGGUGGUGUGGGUGAGCAGGCCCUACUUCAACACAUUUGAUGGUGACUUCAAGCUGUACCAGCAGCUGCACGACCAGCGACACCUCCCCUGCGUCACACUCGGCGUCUCCAACCCAUUCUUCCUCGAAUCCAUGGUCCGUCCGUCCGUUCGACCGCGCACACACGCAAACAAACACCCAUGAUGAUCUCUCCCUCUCCAUGCCAUGCCAUGCCAUGCCGUCUGCAGAGUCACUUCCCGACCAUCCUGGUGAUCGAUGCGGCCAAGACGGUCGUCUCCAAGUCAUCCCGCCUCACAUCAUCCCCAGCCACCACUCUCUUCCGCAACGAGACGGCCACCGCCAUCACCCUCCUGCAGUCCGUCUGCACACCCUGCCUCCCCAAAGACUCCAGGCUCCUGCGACAGCUGCUCGUUCCUCAGCAAGGCGUGGCGUCAGUGUCGCCGCAGCAGGCCCCGCUGCCGGCUGCCAGCGACCCGUCGUGGGGCUCCCCGAGCAUCCAGCCCAUCUUGCCGACAUCUGCUCUGUCUGUGCCGUCACCAAUGGCCGACAGUGGGGGUGGCGGGAGUACUGCUGUGGUGGCCACGGCAGGUGUUGCUGGUGCUGGUGCUGGUGCUGGUGGUAGUGGUGGUGGGGACCAGGAGGCCGCGUCGGCCAUCAACAACUCCAUGAUUCGGCGGCACUUCCAGGACCUCACUCACGCCUUUCUCGCUCCAUUCGAGAGAUACUUCAGGGUAAAUAAACACGUGGCCUGAUGUAUGAGCGUAUGGAUGAGCCCUCUCACGCCUGGCCUGAUGCGCAUGUCAUGUACCUGUGUCUUGGUGUGCAGAUGGAUUUGCAUCGUCUGGCCACGAAUCCCUUCCAGGACCUCCCCCAGCUCCCGCCAUUCAGCGAGGCAACCUUCCUGGCGUCACUCAAACCUGUCGGGGCCUUCAAGACACUGCCGAGAAACAGGUGACACACUGACCGGACAACGUCCCUGGCUGGCUGGCUGACACGAUGCUGAUGCAUGUGUGUGUGUGUGUGUGUGUGUGUGUGCAGGUGUGUGGAGCUGUAUCGCCGGUUCAUCAUGUCGCCCAACUUCCGGCCGUGGUUCCAUCGGCAGCGCAGCAAAAGCGAGAGACUCAGGAGGGAGAGAUACCUGCAGCUGGCACUCAGGGUGAGUCGGUCGGUGUGAGCGAGUCAGACUAAGGGGGCACACACCACACACAGGAUCACUCACUCCACCGACACUGAGUGCCACUUAUUCAAACAGCUCGCCUGCCCUUGAUUUGUGUGUUUGUGUGUGGGUUUGGUGGCUCGGUUGUUUCAGACUGACUUCCCGGCUCUGAUGCCUCGGCUGACGGUCAUGCAGAUGGUCGAAGGGUGCUCAAAUCUCAGGUACAUGCAGAGUAGGCAGCCAGCCAAUGUUCUCCAUUCUCCCCUCCUGCCAUCCUCAUCCCUUGUCCCUUCCAGGGACGCACUCGAAGGCUGCCCCGACGGCGUGUCACCGGUCGAUCGCGAGGGCCUGGAGACGACACUGCAGGAGCUCAAGUCAGCCGUGGCCGCUCGCAUGUGUGCCGAGGGGUCCUCUGCGACAUUGCAGAGGAAAGGCACCCGCAAGUCCGCCCGCCACGUGGCACGCAGCACCCUGAGGGCCGAGGGGGGCGGCAGACGCACAGGUGGGUGAGUCGAGGGAGGAGGCACAACAAGGGAGGGAGACUGAGGCACACCGACCUUUAUGGAUCGUCUUGUGUUGCAGAGGAGGGUCAACGUGAGCCGCGUCGGGUCCCCUCCCAUCACCCCAAUGGCUUCGUCGCCGCCCGGCAGCAGUUCGGCUCAGAGGCCGACGAGGCGGCGGCUGACGCCAAGAACAACCCUCUCGAGUCGCUGUUCAAAGGCUUGAAGUCGGUCAUCCGCAACACCAACACGAUCUUCCGCGCAUCAUCGGGCGCGGCACCGAGCGACGGCGAGGCCGAUCUCACCAGGAGGGACCAGCUUCGUUCCCAUCGGUCCAACCCCACCAGCCCCGCCCCUGCUGCUGUGAUGGGGGCCACUGAGCGGCUGGACUACCUGAGCCCGUCGGUGCACCGUGAUGCGCCAAGACCUCAGCGCGACAAACCUCCCAAGCCGCCUACUGCCGACCGCCAGGGAACAGCUGAAUCAGCUGUAGACAUCACACCCACGCCCGCAUCACCCGAGCCGCCACGGCCGGCGCCAGCACUCCAUCCACGAGUGCCGACACCGACUGACAGAGGAGGGGCUGGACGACAGAGAGAGGCGGCGCGGCCGUCCACCAUCAGCAACACGUCGGCAUCGACUGAGCCUGCACCGACGGUGGCGGCCGGCAAGACUCUUGUGGCUGGUGGCCGCGCCGCGUCUGCAGCCGUGUAUGUGGGGAGGGGGGUCAAGAGCAGUAAGCAGCCAGUGGGUGGUGCUGUAGGGCCGUCAUCGAGUGGUGAUGACGAGCCUGACGGGAUAUAGGCAGGCCGUCGUGUUGUGACUGACACCUACUGGGCUACUGCUGGGCGUGGGUGUGGAUGUGGGGUGGGGUGGGUAGUUGUAGUGUGCAUGCUGCUGUGGGUUUGAGGGAGGGAGGGAGGGAGGAGGGAGUGGGCGGCGGUUUUCUGCUGGUUUGAUUGCUGCGGCUUUUUUCUGCAUACCCACACUGACUGACUGAUGGAUUUGAUUGGGUGCAUUUGUGCAUUUUUCGGUGCCCACAUGACUCCUCCCUCUAGCUCCCUCUCCCUCUUCUCUGGCGCCACACAGACCAGACCCAUCCCACACAUGCAUCGCAGGACACGCAAUAUGACAGACACGGCGACCAUCCUUUUGUGUAUUUGUUAUCCAUUGCAUUGCGGGCACCGUUGCCUUGACUGACGGGGGCAGACGGACGGACGGACGGACGGACAGACCGGGGGGGGGGGGGGGGGGC